GCACGAACCUGUUCGUUCUCCCCGUGUAUGAAACCCUAGCUUCAAUCUGUAUUGAUUAAUCCUAUCACAAAGUUGUGUGCUUUGAACUAGCAGAACAGUAUCGAUUUGGGGAUAAUGAAGAGGACGUUUCCAUGGGGCAAGGGAGAGGACGACUCAUCAUCGGACGACGACGGCGACUCGUCGUCCGUCGAUUCAGAUGCCGACGAAAAUGCCGCGGAGAAAUCCUCCAAGGAUAAAUCUUCUCGAGCUGAGAGUGGGAAGCAGAAGAGGAAAGGUAUAGACUUCGAAGCUCUGAGUAAGCAUGGUUACAAAGGUGGAUUAUCAGUUCUGAAAGUACCGCCUCCUAAGGAAUCAGAUGAGCAGAAGGAUUGGACGUGGUCAAAAGGGGAAAAUGCUCGGGCUAAGGAGAAAGAAGAGACGUAUCAAGAUAGACAGAAGACGAGGGCUGCACUUCUUGAAGCAGAGGAGCUGGUACACGCGCGAACUCAGAAAGAGAAGAACCUGUCUUUCUCGCAGAAGGAAAAGCGGAAGAGGGAUAUGGGGCAGGCUAGCCGAGGGAAGAACUAUGUGGAAGAGGAGAAACGGUUGCUGAGGGAGAGUGGCAUCUACUCAGGUUUUGAUUCUUGAUCCAUUCACUUUUUUUUAGUUCUUGAACAUGGGGAAGUUUUAUGCAUCGAGUUAUUAUAAUUUAUAAUACGGUUUCCAACCUAGUUUUUCUUCCCGUUUUUGCACAAUCCCCUUUGUAUAUUCCUCCAAUAGUGUUGGGCAUAUAUCUGCAGCAACCUCCAACAGACACCACAAUAGUUUUGUUCAAACUUUGAGUCGUUCUAUGAAAUUACCAGUCUCGUAAAGCCUUUGAACACAUUUUGUACGUACUUGUUACUAAA